GUGAAGGACUGAUCUUAUCCGUUCAUUACUGUCCGAAGCUCGGGCAGGCAAGAAGGGAUUGGAAGAAAAGAGCCGGGCAGAUCUUGUUGCCUUAAAAGAAAGCUUGUGCUGGGAUUUCCGGCCAUGACUUUGAACGGUUUCCCGGCCGAGGGUCAGCCGUAGUCGCCGGAAUCCCGCCUUUGCUGUCCUCAUUCUCAGUUCCUAUGGCAUCGGCCGUCCUCGCUAGCAGAAAUGAAGCGCAUUGGAAUGAACGGACGCUCUAUAUGACCCCCAAUUCCGACAACCCUCCUCUCUUUUCCGGCCGAGUAAACCACGGCGCUAACCCUAGCCGUUAUGCUCUUAACCCUACCAAACGGAACCCUGACUCUUCAACCAAAUGUAGGAGCCGGCCUGUCAUUGAGCGCAACGACUCCUUCCACCGAGAGUAUGUUAUCUUCAGACUGGGUUCCUGCGCGGGAAGGGAGAUCAAGGAACUGCAACAACGCCUGAUCUUUGACCUAGAGCGGGUGCGAGGUGUUCUGAAGCGGUUUGCGACUCUUGAGCUCCAACCUAGAGCUGUUUUCCGGCGGGCAGAGUCUCCAUCACACCCACCGCCGCAGCCUGCUGUGGGCAUUCUCGUGGAUUGUCAAGCAUCUGGAAAUGCUGCUGGGCCAAAUGCCCCGUGCUCUGAGCUUUCUGCCAGGAAGAAGAGCAAAGGUAAGCUCUCAGGUAAAAAACGUUCAUUUCCCGUUGUUUCAGAGGGAGACUGGAAGUUACCCGCGGCUGGGCUGGAUAGAGUUCUGGGAAGCAUGAGGAGGAGGUGCUCCCAUAUCUUAACUAAGCUGAUGAAGCACAAGUUUGGUUGGGUGUUCAACACUCCUGUAGAUUAUAAAGGUUUGGGGCUUCAUGACUACCACUUGAUCAUUAAACGUCCCAUGGAUCUUGGAACAGUGAAAUCACGGCUUGAUAGGUACGAAUACGCAACACCUCUGGAUUUUGCUGCUGAUGUUAGACUUACAUUCAAGAAUGCAAUGUGUUAUAACCCCAAAGGUCAGGAUGUGCAUGCCAUGGCCGAACUUUUGCUCAACAUCUUUGAUGAUAUGUUCACUGUAGCCUGCUACAAACAUGAAGCUGAGCACAAAAAGGCUUUUGCAGCAGCAGCUGGCAAGAAUAUUUGGACCCAACCAGAGCUGGCUGUGACCUCAAGAUCACCACCAGAAGAACCAAAGCAUGAUCGUCCUCAAAUUUCAGAUACAGGACGCUCACUGUGUACUUCCUCAAAUCCUCAUCAUAUACCAUGUUUGCCUGCCCCUAUGCUUCCAGAAACAGCUUUGCUUGUGCCACAAAAGUCGGGUAAAUUGUCUAAGCCCAAGGCCAAGGAUCCAAACAAAAGAGAGAUGACUUAUGAGGAGAAAGCUAAGUUGGGGACUGACUUGCAGAACUUGCCACAGGAUAGGUUGGAUCAUAUGAUGCAUAUUUUAAAAAAGAGGAAUAGUUCUACUGUCUUAAUGGAGGGUGAUGAAAUUGAACUCGACAUAGCAACUCUUGACAAUGAAACCCUCUGGGAACUGGAUAGAUUUGUGGGCUAUCAGAAAAAGUAUCUAAGCAAGAUGAAGAGGCAAGGCCUCAUCAUUGGAGAAAAUUUCAUUGUAAAUGCUUCUCAAGAGAACAUUGCUGGAGGUGUGCCGCCUCUGCAAGAUCCGACAGCACAUAGGGAGAAAAAAGAUGAAAGUGGGGAAGAGGAUGUCGAUAUUGGGGAGGAAAGUCCUAUGAAUAACUUUUCUCCAGUGAGGAUUGAGAAGGAUGUCAGUGAAGCUAACAGCUCAAGUAGCACAAGCUCAAGCAGUGAUUCUUCUUGCAGUGGUAAGAAGCCCCAAAUAUGCUUCUAAAAUAUUCAGAUUCAAGUUCUCGUAGGAGUGUUUCUGAUGAGGAGGGUGAUGUUGUAGUACAGUUGCACUUUGUUGAUAGAGAAGAGCCACCUAAUGAGGUUGAGUAUUGAGAAGAGAACUAUGGAAAGUGAGGGAGGAAAAGAAGCAGUUGUAUGCAAAGAUAAGCUGUAGUAUUUGUAAAGAUUGUGACCAGAAAUAGAAACUACCAUUAGGGGUAUGCGUAACUGAGAUGAUUUGUAGUUAGCUAGCUAUAUGGGAGUAGGGGAUUGCAGAACUUUGUGGUGGUGGUUGUGUGUUGGGAGGCUUGCAGAGUUCCUAGCAGGAGAGAAAUGUAUCUAAUUAUUUUUGUUCGUUAAUAGAAAGUCAUGUUGCUUGGUAACAUUAGAAGUAUGAUGUACAAAAUGAAAGAAGCAUCAUGUACUGGCCCAAAAGGUCAAAAUUGAUGAAGGAUAUUAAUCAUUGUGAUGAACAUCUAGAGUUCUACUCUGUUACGUAUUUGAUGGAAUUGAUGGUCGUUAAA